AUGAGCAGCUCCGACGACGACAUGCCUCUUGCGAGGUCCAAAGGACAAGUCUCCUCCGCCAAAAUCUCAAAAGCCGUUGACAGAGACAUGGAUCGCACCGCAUCCAAAGCUAGGGCUGCCCCGCCCGGUCUCUCCAUUCGAAAUGGUCCCGUCGACGACGAGAUGGACGUCGAUGGCCCUUCCACCAACGGAUCGAAGCGAAAGUCACGGUCGUCAUUGCCCAAGAUCAACUACAAGGAUGAAUCCGAAGAAAGCGACGACGAUGUUCCCAUGGCCAAGCGACAAAAGACAAAGCAGAAGCCAGUGGACUCGGAUUCCGACGAUGAACCUCUCACGUCAAGAAGAGGCAAGAACCUGCCUCCUUCCUACAAGGAGACAGCCUUGCCAGACUCAUCCGACGACGACCAGCCCCUAGGUGCCAAGCUUGCGAAGAAGAAGGCCGAUAUCGAGAAGGCAGCCGCGAAAGAGGCUCGCAACAUUCGUGCCAACGAGUCCAAGACAAAGAAGGCAACCCCGAAGAAGGCCAUCAAGGAUGAGUCUGACGAUGAGCCUCUCGCAAAGUCAGCCACGAAGAAGCGUCAAUCAAACGGUGCUGCUAAGAAGACCAAUGGCAUCAAGGCCGAGUCCGAUUCCGAUGAGCCCAUCGCGGCCAAGGGCAAGAAGGCCGCAGCUAAACCGGCGGCUAAGGGCAAGGCUGCUGCACCUGCGAAGGGCAAGGCGGCUGCAAAGGCCAAGCAGGAAAGUGAGGCACCCGAGGACGAGGAGGGAGAGGAGUACGAGUGGUGGAAUGCGCCAAAGAAAGAGGAUGACAGCCAGAAAUGGACGACUCUUGAACACAACGGCGUUCUUUUCCCACCCGAAUAUCAGGCACUUCCCAAGAACGUCAAGCUGCACUAUGAUGGCAAGCCAGUCAACCUGCCCAUCGAAGCUGAGGAGGUUGCCUGGUAUUUCGGCUCUAUGCUCUCAUCGAAGCACAACGUUGAGAACCCGGUUUUCCAGAAGAACUUUUUCGAAGACUUCAAGCAGGUUCUGAAGGAGUCCGGUAAGCCUGCAACGGAUAAGCAGGGCAACAAGGUCGACAUCAAGGAUUUCUCCAAGAUGGAUUUCAACGCGAUGUUUCAGUACUCUGAGCAACAAAGUGCGGCUCGGAAAAACCGAACUGCUGCGGAGAAGAAGGCUGCGAAGGCCGAGAAGGACGAAUUAGAAGAGCCUUUCAUGUACUGCAAGUGGGAUGGACGCAAGGAGAAGGUUGGAAACUUCCGUGUCGAACCCCCCAGUCUUUUCCGUGGGCGUGGAGAGCAUCCGAAGACCGGAAAGUUCAAGAGGAGAGUGUAUCCCGAGCAGGUCACCAUCAAUAUUGGCAAGGAUGCCAAGGUCCCGGAAGCUCCCAAGGGCCACAAGUGGAAGGCCGUCGUUCACGACAACAAGGCCACCUGGCUGGCAAUGUGGCAGGAAAACAUCAACGGCGCGUACAAGUACGUCAUGCUUGGUGCUGCCAGCGCCAUCAAGGGCCAGAGCGAUAUGAAGAAGUUCGAGAAGGCUCGUGAGCUGAAAAAGCACAUCGACAGAAUUCGCAGAGACUACACCAGAGACCUGAAGAGCGAGGUAAUGGCUGACCGUCAGAGGGCUACGGCCGUUUAUCUGAUCGACAAGUUUGCUCUCAGAGCAGGUAACGAGAAGGACUCUGAAAAUGAGGCCGAGACCGUCGGUUGCUGCUCUCUCAAGUACGAGCACAUCACCCUGCGGGAGCCCAAUACUGUCAUUUUCGAUUUCCUCGGAAAGGACAGUAUUCGAUUCUACGAUGAGGUCACGGUCGAGAAGCAAGUCUUCAAGAACCUCAAGCUCUUCAAGAAGGCCCCCAAGGCUGACGGCGACGACAUUUUCGACCGCCUGACGACAACUCAGCUCAACAACCACCUGAAGAACUACAUGCCCGGUCUCACGGCGAAGGUCUUCCGUACCUACAACGCCUCCUUCACCAUGUCAACUCUCUUGAAGAAGCUCAAGGUCGAGAACCUGACGAUCCCCGAGAAGGUCAAGCUUUACAACGACUGCAACCGUGAGGUCGCCAUUCUUUGCAACCACAAGCGCACCGUUGGUGCUGCUCAUGAAGCUCAGAUGGAGAAGCUUGGUGAUCGCAUCAAGGGUCUUCGUUACCAGCAAUGGCGCACGAAGCUGAUGAUGCUGGAUGUCGAGCCCAAGACUAAGAAGAAGAAGGGUGCUGACUUCUUUGCUCGACCCGAGGAGCUGGAUGAUGAGUGGGUUUUGGAGCACCAGAAGUUCCUGGUGGAAGAGCAGCGCACAAAGAUCACCAAGAAAUUCCAGAAGGACAACGAGAAGCGUGCUGCUGAUGGCGAGAAGCCUUUCCCCGAGAAGGAGCUUAAGGAGCGCCUCAAGGCUGCCGACGAGCUUGCCGCCAAGUUCAAGAAGGAGAACAAGUCGAAGAAGGUUGAGGCUGAGGGCCGCAGUCCUACAGUCGAGAAGCUCGAUGAGCAGGUUAAGAAGAUCGAUGAGAGGAUCAAAGCCUUGGAGCUCCAAGCUGCCGACCGCGACGGCAACAAGGAGGUUGCUCUGAGCACCAGUAAGAUCAACUACAUCGACCCUCGUCUCACUGUGGUCUUCUCCAAGAAGUUCGAUGUGCCCAUUGAGAAGUUCUUCUCCAAGACGCUUCGUGAGAAGUUCAGCUGGGCCAUCAAGUCUGUCGAAGACGAGGACUGGGAGUUCUGA